AUGGCUCAGCAUUACCAUGUACCCUCCCUCUUAAUACUUGCAUUUCUCAAUUUAGUCUUCAUCUAUGGCAACAUAACUGGUGUGACUGCACGCCACCUCCUAGAGACGCCUAAACCAGAACUCCCGAAAGUUCCAGCCUUGCCAAAGCUUGAAAUCCCAACUGUGCCGAAGCCUGAGCUUCCAACAAUACCAAAACCCGAGUUACCAACUUUGCCAAAGCCUAAGAUGCCAGUUGUUCCAAAACCUGAGAUCCCAGCUCCAGAAGUUCCAGCAGUGCCAAAGACAGAGGUUCCUCCAACUGUGAAAAAGCCUGAGAUCCCAGCUGUACCAAAACCCGAGAGUCCUGCUAUCCCAAAGCCUGAGAUUCCAGCACUACCAAAACCUGAGAUUCCUGCUAUGCCAAAGCCUGAGAUUCCAGUAGUACCAAAACCCGAGAUUCCUGCUAUGCCAAAGCCUGAGAUUCCAGCAAUACCAAAACUCGAGUUUCCUCCCUUGAAAAAGCAAGAAAUCCCAGCAAUGCCAAAGACUGAGGUUCCUCCGGUGAUAAAGCCUGAAGUUCCAACCUUACCAAAGCCCGAGCAACCAAGUGUGCCAAAGCCUGAGAUCCCAGCUAUGCCAAAGCCUGAAAUCCCAGAACUACCAACGCCAAAAGUCCCAGAACAUCCAAAGCCAGAAGUCCCAGCUAUGCCAAAGCCAAAAGUACCCGAAGUUCCAAAGCUAGAAGUCCCAGCUAUGCCAAAGCCUAAAAUCCCAGAACUACCAAAGCCCAAAAUGCCCGAACUUCCAAAGCCUGAAGUACCAUCUAUGCCAAAGCCUGAAAUCCCAGAACUACCAAAGCCAAUAAUUCCUGAGAUUCCAAAGCUACAAGUCCCAACUAUGACAAAGCCUGAAAUUCCAAAACUGCCUAAACCAACUCUUCCUUCACUUUCUCCACCCUACAAACCCGCUAAUCCUUGA